UCUAAACAACCAGCAGAAGUAACAUUAGCUGCUCACUGUCAAUACCAUUUUUUGAGUGUCUGGCCCCGUGAGCUUCACGUAUCCUUAUAAACAGUCCCACUGACCUUCGUUGACGAUCAACGUUAACCUGAGUUAACAUUGAGUUUGCUUGGUCAUUGAAGCCUCCUAGGAGUGUGGACCUAUAAACUUCAAAAGCUGAGAUUUUUUCUAGUUACAGCAACUUUUGAUUAGGAAGUUUACAGAGUUUGCAUAAAAUUUUUAUUCGUUUGGCGUGAACAGUUGGGAGCUGGCAAUCAGCAGCUGAUUUUCGCUGGGUUGUAUUGAACUCUUUUCACCGGCAGUGUGAAGUUAAGUGAAGAAGAUGAAUCCGGUGUUGCUGUGGUGGUUCCUGGCGACUGUCCAGCAGGCUCUCGGGGAGGACCUUCAGUUAUGGCGAAGCGUCAACGUCGAGUCUUCGUGGUUCAUCAGCAGUAUUACGCAGCAGAACUAUUCUAUAACUACCACGAGGUGUGCCUGGACAUGUGCAUCCCUGGACUGGUGUAGUCUCUGGUGCCACGACGGAGUCCUUGGCUGCCAGCUCACUAACCUCAUCGUCUCUGGGUCCCAUCAAACCAACCAGACCACUAACGUCCGUUUCUGUUAUACUGCUCACUCCCUCCUACCUGAGUAUGCUUUCGGAGCCUCUAUUACCUCGACAGCGCCUGUAGACUCUACUAGAGUACUCAAAAACCUCAUUGACGGAGUCUACAACUUGAUUGAGAGCAGUUGCUUUUGCACAUCCUAUGGAUUUCAACCCUGGUUCCUCUUAAAUUUAAAACGUCCUGUAUAUGUAAGUACGGUCCUCCUGAUCGCCCAGAAUAAUGUUUACGCGCAAUCACAAUUUCUGAAAAUCGAGGUGAGGGUAGGAAGCACUCAGCAAGCAGGAAACUUCACUUCAUACACGCUGCUGGGAACCUUUCCCGGACCAGGAAAAGUUGGUCAGAUAGUAACGUUGAAGUCAUCACAACCCAUUCUCGGGCAGUACGUCUCUGUGCAGAGCAUGUCGACUAUUUACUUCCUUGUCUGUCACAUAGAAAUAAACUAGAAGGGAAAAUGACAGUGGUUCGAUAUGGAGUCUCACACUCCCUCCAGGCUAAACUCAUUAGCACUUAUCUUCAGCACUUCCAUUUUAAAGGUUUCGAACUUAACAAGUGUUUUUUUUUAUCACGAUCAAUUGUUCAAUGUCUGUAUCAUAUCGCUACUGCAGAUAAACAAGAGGAAAAUUCUUGCACAUCCAAACAUCACUGAAGAAGGAAGUGCUGCAAUAAAAUAAAUAUUGAAUAGAAUCCUAAAAAAAAUUAUUGUUUUGAAGCAGUGUCCACAGAGAACAAUGUCAGCCAGUUACACCAGUCACCAAAAGUCACCAGUCAGUCACUUGUCUAAGUCACCAAUCAGGAAGGUGUCAGUCAACUGCUCCAGUAAGGACAUAAAGGACUUUAUUCGUUUCACAGGCAUUUCCAGAUAAAUCUCGCCCAUCCACCAGUUAAAAUGUUGAUCAUACACUGAAGUAAACAUUUUUAAGUCUUAUAAUAUUAAUAACGUAGUCCAAUUAAACUCUCAAAUAUCAUUUACUUGAAUGUUGAUAAUCAUAUAAAAGAUAAGGUUAUAACACCACUGGGACUGGCAUUUUUUCCCGAAAUUAAUUUAGUUUUAAGAAUUUCCUAGUUUUUUUUUCGUUGUUUCGAAAAACUAUUAUAAGGGAAAGAGGAGCAGGAAAUCAGAGUAAUAAUCAGAAGUAUUGGUGGCAGAAAUAUGUAACGGUUUGCUUCGAAGUGUAAGUUUAUUAAAUAACAAAAAAAUGCUCAAUACCGUGACUGGAACGAUAAACAAAUAACCCGCACACAGAAGAGAGGAGCUUACGACGACGUUUCCUUGACGAAGUCAUUAGACGGCCAUACAACACUCUAAACCUAUUCCAGUCAAUGAACAAUCCUGCCCCCCCCCCUCUAAUUCUUAACCUUCUGCCCUGCCCUCUGCAGGGGAGGACCUCAAAGACGUCCGUUUUACCAAACCAACUUCCAUGUCCCCCUCUCUCCCAUCCAUAUCGCAUUUGAGAAGCAGAUAACAGUAAACCAGCCUUGACCUUAUGCCAGCACCUGUGUGAAUGUUCUUUGCCUCCCAAACCCAGUCCAGUACUUUCAUUGCGCCAAACACUCUCUUGCAGUCAGCAGGGUCCAGCAUCUAUUCCCUCUACCUUGCCAACCAACGCUACGCAGCUGGGUUUAGCCCUGGCACUUUUUCUCCACUCUCUUAUCACUUCCUCUCACUCACUUAUCUUCCUCUGUCCAAAUCUCCCUUUCACCCACAUGGGUCUUACCUGGGAGUAUCCUUGCUUGCUUUCGUUAGUGUGACUUUGUAAAUGUUCCAAUUCAGACCGAAACGUCGUCGUAAGCUUCUCUCUUUUAUGUGCGGGUUAUUUGUGUGAGUUUAUUAUCCAGAGAAACGAAGGAUUAUUAAAAUUUUCUAAAUGAGAAAGUCAAGGCAUGAGGAGUAUAACUAUCUUCAGUUUAGAAGUUGAUUUGGGAAAGAAGAAAGUUCAUUUUACAUUAGAUUAUUUAGAGUUUUUCAUGUUUGUUGAAUGGCAAGACAGAAUAAACCGAAAGGAAAAUAAAUUUCCAAGUGGACAGAGUCAGUCUGACAGACGAGGAGAACACUGAGGAAGAAACAAUAACAAAUUAAUUAUCAGAAAAUGCCCGGUAGGAAAAUUAAUGAAAUUAAAUGUCAUGAACCUGCGAUUAGGAAAAUUAUGGCAGUAAAGAGGAAUAGUAGACCUUGAUUGAUGAUCUGUCUUUAAUUUUCAAACUUAAAGCACCUCUUGUCAUCAGUUUUGUUGAUGACAUAAAAAGAACUCAGUACAAAACAUCACCAACUCUGCUACACACCAGUCUUCCUGACUCGGGUCUUGUCAAUUGUAUCUACGCAUUUAGCUGUUCUUUGUCUGGUUACCAUAAAUUAUCACUCAUUUUAUUGAUUAUUUUUCUAGGCACUUUUGUCAUUUUUACUCUUUAAUGUGAAGAAAGAUGUCACAGCUUGCCUAUAAAAUGCAUUUUCAUUCACAUUGGCGACAAACCAGUAGGGGUUAUAAAGCCCUGUAAGAAUGAUGAGUCUAAAUAAAGAUUUUUUUCUUAACUAAUGCCUCCCUUCAUAAUGUUACCAUAUUUCUAGGAAAAGUCCACUGAGAGGCCUGAGUACAGUGGUAUGUACAUUUAUUACCUUUCCUUUAAUGAACAAUCUGUUCAAAGGACUUAUUUUUAUUUUUACAUCCUAUCUGCUCUCUGUUCCAUAAAGUUUAUUCUCUCUUAUUUUUGUCUUGUUUCCCAUCCAUAUUGUGGGAUGUUUAUGGUUUUUUCCAUGUUCUGUACUGUGACUAAUUCUUCAUAGAAUUAUUUGUUCGAAUGUGAAUUUUUUCAAAUUAUGAUUUGAAGUCCAAAUGUACCC